UAAUUAUCUCUCUGCCCUUGUAGGCUGUAUAUAAUCACGUUGGCUGGUUCAAACCUCUUUCUCCAUUGUUGAAUUGUUUCAAAGCUCACUUUUAAUCCCAUUUCUCCGAUAAUUUUUCAAGGCGAGGUCCUCACUUUCUUCCCGAUCUCUUAGUUACGGUUUGCGAGGGAAGGAGGAAAGACUAAUGGCUAAUAGAGUAGAUAAUGAGUACGAUUAUUUAUUCAAGAUCGUGUUGAUAGGGGACUCAGGUGUCGGAAAAUCCAAUAUUCUGUCGAGGUUUACGAGGAACGAAUUCUGUUUGGAGUCCAAAUCAACAAUUGGAGUUGAGUUUGCUACUAGAACUCUUCAGGUUGAUGGAAAGACAGUGAAGGCACAAAUUUGGGACACAGCAGGGCAAGAAAGGUACAGAGCGAUAACCAGUGCAUACUACAGAGGUGCAGUUGGGGCUCUUCUGGUGUACGACAUAACCAAGAGCCAAACCUUCGAUAACAUUCAAAGAUGGUUGCGUGAGUUAAGAGACCACGCAGACUCCAACAUUGUGAUCAUGAUGGCCGGAAACAAGUCUGAUCUGAAUCAUCUCAGAGCAGUGGCUGAACAAGAUGGCCAAUCUCUCGCUGAAAAAGAAGGGCUUUCAUUUCUUGAAACAUCAGCACUUGAAGCACAUAAUGUUGAGAAAGCAUUUCAAACUGUUCUGACAGAUAUAUAUCAUAUCGUUAGCAAGAAAGCAUUAGCAGCUCAAGAAGCAUCAGGUCCUACUGCUUUACCUGGUCAAGGAACCACCAUUAAUGUCGCUGAUUCAUCUGGGAAUAAUACUAAGAGAGGUUGCUGUUCAACUUGAGUUGAAACAUAUUUGAUGAGGUAAAGCUAAAGAUUUCUUUUUUUGUUUUCUUUUUGUAAUCACUUUGACCUUGUAGAAUACUAUCUUACUUGAGAACAAUUCUUGUGAAAAUUCGAUAUAUGGUUUAGUAUUUUGGAUUC